AAACUACUUGCUUAUCUAACAACAGAAUUAGUUGUAUCCAUUGAGAAUGAUCUGCUGUCUACUGCUCUCACUACUUGUCAUUCUAUCGGCUGAUAUUGUAUGUCGUGGUGACUAUGGUCAUCUAUCCGAAGACGAUGUGCCUCAACCUUCGUUAGAUCAAGAAUCUCACGAAUUCGAUGGCGACCAGGAGCCGUCAGUUGACCGAAGAGGUAAAAGUUCUAAGGCGCAGAAUAAGAAUACGAAGAGCAAUAGCAAAUCCGUGGAUUACAAUACGAAGAGUAAAAGUGGUGCGAAAACGUCUGAUAAUAAUAUUGGAAAUUUCCUGAAGAAUCUAGUAUUUGGUAACCAGAACAAAAUGAGAAAUACUCCUGUUCAUCGCAACUCUACAAUGCAAUAA